UUACACAACAAGUAGAAGUUACGAUUUCGAAUUCUCAAGUAAGCCACGAAUCAUACUCAAGAAAUCAUAAUCAUCGAAAUAGAAUUAUUAUUCCUCAACAAAAUAAUCAAGUACAAUUCAAUGCUGCCCGAUUUAUUACGCAUCCAACUCAAGAAAAUUACAUUAAUACUGAAUGGUAUAUUAAUGGUGUUGCUAUGGAAUUGUCUGUUGAUACCAACAUUUCAAGUCAGUAUCAAGUGGACCAACAAAUUGUUGAUUAUAAUUUUCCCAAUUAUUAUGACCAAUCCUCUGAUCAACAUUUCAAUUUCAACUUUUAA